CAAACUCUCACGCAAGAUGAUUACUUUGGACGAAAUUCUGCUUGUUCAGUCCAAGGUAUACAUAGCCCUCCCAUCUUGAAUCACAUCUCUUGUCUAACAUUCCCUUAGCAAGUGGCCAAACACCCUCUAUUUCCACGCCGACAUCUAGUAGCUUAAUGUCGCCACUUUCCACUUCAACUGAUAUGCCUGUGCGAUCCUCAAGACAGACUAAGUCAGCUCCCCAACCGCAGCAGAAGUCAGCAUCAAUUUCGAUGCCUACAAGGUUCAACUCAACGGCAUCAAAAGAUUCCCGAUCCGCAGCUCGCUCUCGGCGAUCACCAAGAGGCGGGAGCCAUAGAGUCCACAACAAUGUAGAGCGUCAGUACCGAGCAAGACUCAACGACCAGUACUCGGUGCUUCUGGACGCACUGCCAGUCGAAAUUACGAGUAGUCAUGGGACUGACGGAGACAAGACACUCAGCAAGAUUGAGAUUCUGGACUUAGCCAAGCAGCAUAUUGCCACUUUGGAGGAAGAGGAGGCGCAGCUCAAAGAAGAGAAGGUCAUGCUGAAAGGUCAGAUGCAAUUGCUGAAAGGAUUGGUGCAGUUGACUGGAGAGUUGGUCCCAUGAAAAAGUCAAGUUCGGUGGCAAGUCGCCUCAGUGCUGCGAGAGGCGACAUUAGAACCUUGAAGCUCGAUAUCCCCACGUCAGCUGUAGGGGAAGAAAAUUUCAUAGAAGAAAGAAAUCUCAAAAUCGAAUCAGGGGUGUCACGUGCGAGUUACGAAACAAAAACUCACGCAUAUUCUUUGU